AAGGGCUUUUAACCCGCCACUGUUUCAGGUUAAAAUUGAGGGAUGGAAUUGGAGAUUGUAAUUCACAGACAGACCUAUGGAUGCAAGGACUGACCAUUCAUGAUAUCAAAAUUAUAGUUUUAACUAUGUAUUAAAGGUAUAGUGUUUGUUUACGUUUACUUUGUUUGUAAACAUUAGAGUAAAACACGCUUAUAUUUUGGGUUUUGAUGGGGUACAAGAGUUGAACUAAACUAAUGAGGCAGUAAGUUAUAUUCUUCAAGAGAUAAUGGGUACAUAAGGUUAUCGUUACUUUAUAAAUCCACCGUAGAAGUGCUCGGAGCAGGUGCAAUUUGCAGUGCAAGAACAAGCAAACGUAUAACACCUGGCUUGUCAUGCUGAAUUCAAAUUUGGGCUGUACAACAUGCAAAAAGGUAGGGUGUUUGGGUCUAGAAACGACUAGAGGGAUAAUACUAGCUAUCAAAAGUGUUGGUGGAAUAUACAGUAUCAUCCUCUUCCUCUGAAGAGAGCCCUCAGAAAAAAGGUUUCUGAACAUGCCCGAACCAAGGCGCAUUUGUUGGUAGCAAGCCUUGCAGACACGGCUAAAGACGACACUAUUAACACUCAAAAUGGAAAAAAAUAGACUAUACAGCCAGAGUCUUCCGAACAGCUUUAGAACGAGACUAAACGUCAUAGGCACAGGCUCGUUCAUGGUUUUGAACAAUAAAUUGACUGUCAGGAGAUACAUGGACUUGACAUGGGGAGAGUCAUUGUGGGAGGUUUUGAAAACUACGUUCUAUUGGACAUGCCUUGGGGACAAGGCAACACUGUUCAGUAACGAUAUCAACCAAACCAGGAAAUGUCCAAACACAGGGAGAGCGUCAUGUCACGAGUUAACAAGGGAGCUCUUGGGCCAGUACAUCUCUGACACCCUCAGCAACGUUCACACAGUGAGGGAGUUCUGUGACAGGCAUUCCAAAUGGGCCCUUCAGAGGAAGACAGAACUGGAAAUGAUGAGGGACAUCAAGCAGAGGGCAGACAGAAUUGACCUUAAGUUCGACCAUGUCCGUAACUCAGCGACCAAGGCCAAGGCGUUUGGGGAGUUCGUAUGGAGCGGUCUGACCCAGGGGACUGCAGACAGUAGGCGUGAGGAGCUGGAGAAGGAGCUGGGGGCUGUACUAAAGGACACUCUGGGAGGCCUGGAGAAGCUGGAUUACUUCCUGGAUGCUGUGGAGUGUCUGGCGGUCACCUGUCUGUUGGUGUUUGAGGAGAACAGGUUCUUCUGUCUGCCUCAGGGGACGAGCCCUGCCAGUGUUCAGGCUGUCAUCACUGCUGCCAGAAUAUCCUGCCCUCUCCUCAUCUACUUUAAGAGGGAUGCUAAGGCCUUCUUUAUGCCCAGCCUCCUCAAUGUAGAGGUGCUGGCCCUCCAACUGGACAGAUACAUAGAAAUCAGCCAGCAGCUCUGUAAGAGGAUGGACAUAGUGUGGCAUCCUUCAGCCGCCCACCCUUCACCGUGAACAGCACCACGGUAUGCCCCCAAGCCCGCUCCCCCAACAGCUCCACAUGCUCCUCGGCUGCCUGCCGCUCCCGUUUGGUAAAGGAGAAGGAGAGGGGCACCAC